AUGGAGUCUCCCAAAGCCAAACUUCUGGACUUCCCACUGAGAUUAAACACCAGGAGACUCUGGGAGGAGUCUCUUUCAUCUCACCUAAGGCCAGAGGAUGAGGGACCUCAGAUGGCAGACAAGGACAUCGAGGUCACAUUAAACACAGAAGGCACACCUGGAGGCAAAGCCAGCCCAGGCCCUCAGGACUUGCGGCCAAGUGUGUUCCACAACAUCAAGUUCUUCAUCCUGUGCCACAGCCUGUUGCAGCUGUCCCAGCUCAUGAUCUCCGGCUACCUCAAGAGCUCCAUCUCUACCGUGGAGAAGCGCUUCGGCCUCUCCAGCCAGACCUCAGGACUGCUGGCUGCCUUCAAUGAGGUGGGAAACACAGCCCUGAUUGUGUUUGUGAGUUAUUUUGGCAGUCGUGUACACCGGCCUCGACUGAUUGGCUGUGGGGCUGUCCUUGUGGCCCUGGCGAGCCUGCUCAUGAGCCUCCCACACUUCAUCUCAAAACCAUACCGCUAUGACGAAACUAGCCAAGAGGAUCAGCCACAGGAUUUCAAGGCUUCCCUGUGCCUACCCACAUCCUCAGGCUUGGUACCAGCCCCCUCCAAUGGCAGCUGCGCCAGCUACAUAGAGACACAGCAUCUGGUGGUGGUGGGGAUAAUGUUCAUGGCACAGACCCUGCUUGGAGUGGGCUCUGUGCCUAUUCAACCUUUUGGCAUCUCCUACAUUGAUGACUUUUCUCACAACAGCAACUCGCCCCUCUACCUUGGGAUCCUGUUUGCAGUGACCAUGUUGGGGCCAGGCAUAGCCUAUGGGCUGGGCGGCCUCAUGCUGCGCCUUUAUGUGGACAUUGACCGAAUGCCAGAAGGUGGUAUCCACCUGACGCCAAAGGACCCCCGAUGGGUGGGUGCCUGGUGGCUGAGUUUCCUCACCUCUGCUGGCAUAGUGGCCCUGGCUUCCAUUCCCUACUUCUUCUUCCCCAGGGAGAUGCCGAAGGAGAAGCAGGAGCUUCGCUUCAGUUCAAGAAUCUUGUCAAUUAUAACUUCGUCUGUAAGCAAAGGUGAGGGCUCCUCUUCUGAGCAGAGCCUUGGAGAAUACCCAGAGAAGCAGAGUGAUCUAACCAAGUUUACACCACACCUGACUGUGAUCCAGUUCAUCAAAGCAUUCCCCAGGGUGCUGCUGCGGACCCUGCGCCACCCCAUCUUCCUGCUGGUGGUCCUGGCCCAGGUGUGCACGUCGUCCUUAGCAGCAGGCUUAGCCACCUUCCUGCCUAAGUUUCUGGAGCGCCAGUUUUCCAUCACCGCCUCCUAUGCCAACCUGCUCAUUGGCGGCGUCCUCAUACCUUCGAUCAUUGUGGGCAUCGUGGUGGGAGGUGUCCUUGUCAAGAGGCUCCACCUGGGCCCUGUGCACUGUGUCACCCUCUGCCUGCUGGGAGGGUUGUUCAGCCUCCUAUUCAGCCUGCCCCUCUUCUUCAUUGGCUGCCCCAGUCGCCAGAUUGCCGGCAUCAGCCCCCAGCCUCUCAUCCAGCCUGGGCCUGGGCUGUUUCCAGGCUGCUCAGAGCCCUGCUCCUGCCCAUCGGAUGACUUUAACCCCGUUUGCGACCCCAGCACCCGUGUGGAGUAUAUCACUCCCUGCCAUGCAGGCUGUACGAGCCGGGUAGUCCAGGAGGCCCUGGAAAAAAGCACAGUUUUCUACACCAACUGUAGCUGUGUAGUGGGUGGUGGUCCUUUGCCGUCGGGCUCCUGUGACUCAGCCUGCAGUUACCUGGUACUGCCCUUCAUGCUCUUGGUCAGUCUGGGUGGAGCACUGGGCAGUAUCACCCACACACCCUCUUUCAUGCUCAUCCUAAGGGGAGUGAAGAAAGAAGACAAGACUUUGGCUGUAGGCAUCCAGUUCAUGCUUCUGAGAGUUUUUGCCUGGAUGCCCAGCCCUGUGAUCCAUGGCAGUGCCAUAGACACCACCUGUGUGUACUGGGCUCAGAGCUGUGGACGUCGAGCUGUCUGCCGCUACUAUGACCUGGACUUGUUCCGAACCCGGUUCAUCGGCCUCCAGUUCUUCUUCAAGACAGGCAACCUGGCCUGCUUCGCCUUGAUUUUGGCCGUCCUGAGGCAGCAGGGAGAAGAGGCAGGAGCCAAGAAGACCCUGCCCAGCCUUGGACUAGAGCAGGAGCAGUUAGAUUCAGAGCCAGAAAAGAAGCUCAAGGAGUCCAAAGUGUGA